UUUAAGGGGUGUUCCCUCCCUGGGGGAUCACCCCCUUACUCUCUCCCUAUCAUUACUAACGGGAUAAAUCACAAGCCAGAGUAGCGUGAGAUGCGCUUUUGUUACAGUUGUUGUUUACGUGUAGUCAGCCACAGCAGCUCGUCCAGAGUGAGGACCCAGUGUCAUUGCCAGAUUUUAGUAGCAGCUGAGUUGGUUCCAAGUGUGUAAAUCAUGUGGUCCUCAGUAGUGGCUGUAGCUGUGGCUAUCACCCUCUGCUACUCCACUAACUUCGAUGCUUACGUGAUAACUGCUUGUGCACUGACUCUCUACUUAAGUCUUGGAGGCUCCCAUACUCUCUGGCUUGUUUACCGAACAUUUCCAAGAGAUGUCAGGGGCUUGUACCGCUACCUCAAGUUGUUGAUGAGGAUUCACCAUGCUAAGAAAAACAACCUUAGUGUACCAAAAAUUUUCCAAGAGGUUGUGCGGAAAAACAGAAACAAAGUGGCAUUUUACUUUGAAGAUGAGACGUGGACUUUUCAACAGGUGGAUGAACUGAGUAACAAAGUGGGAAAUUAUUUUGCUGCUAAGGGCGUGAAGCAUGGUGAGCCUGUUGCACUCUUCAUGGAAAAUUGCGUAGAAUAUAUAUGCAUCUGGCUGGGACUGACUAAGAUUGGGGCUGUGCCAGCUUUGAUAAAUUACAACCUGCGCUUGGAUUCCUUGAAACACUGUAUUCAGGUGGCUGCCUGUAAAGCAGUAAUUUGUGGGGCAGAAGUUCAGGCAGCUAUGGCUGAUAUUAGAGACUCUGAGGACAUUUCCAGCCUUCAGUUGUAUGUGUUUGGUGCUGGUGAAGAACUUACACUUAAAGAUGCUGUGAGCUUGGAUGCUGGUUUAAAUGCAGCUGCUUCAACUACUCCUACUCAGCUUCAUAAUGUGAAUUUCUCUGACAAGAUGGUGUUCAUAUAUACUUCAGGCACUACUGGCAUGCCUAAAGCUGCUGUUAUUAAACAUUCAAGGACCUACUUUGCAGGGGAAGGCAUGAGCACAUUUAUUGGCUUAACUUCGUCUGAUAUACUCUACGAUCCCCUGCCUUUAUACCAUACUGCAGGGGGGAUCAUUGGGUUAGGCCACAGUCUUUUUAAUGGUGGAUCUACCGUCAUAAAGCGGAAAUUCUCGGUCUCGCAUUUUUGGUCUGACUGUGUGAAAUACAAGUGUACGGUUGCACAGUACAUCGGUGAGAUCUGCCGUUACCUCUAUAACAUGCCGGAAAAGUCCGAAGAUAAAGGUCAUCAGAUCCGCUUAAUGUUUGGUAAUGGGCUGCGGCCUAACCUCUGGAAAGACUUCCAGACAAGGUUUAAUAUCCCCAGGAUUAGUGAGUUCUACGGCUCAACUGAAGGGAAUGCUAAUAUUAUCAAUAUGGAUGGCAAAAUUGGAGCAGUUGGCUUUGUAUCUGUGCUGUUUCCUAGUGUGUACCCCGUGGCUCUCAUUAAAGUUGAUGAGGAAACUAAAGAAAUUGUCCGGGAUGCUAAUGGAAUGUGCAUUAUGUGCAAGCCAGGUGAACCUGGUGAGUUCAUUGGCAAGAUAGUACGGGAUGAUCCUGUCCGAGACUUCCAUGGUUAUGCUGAUGACAGUGCAACAAAGAAAAAGAUUGUGAGGGAUGUCUUCAAGAAGGGAGAUUAUGCCUUUCUCUCAGGUGAGUUAACCCUUUGAGGGUCGACAGGACCUCUCCGAGACUCGUUCUUAGGGUCGGCCAAAUUUAAAAAAAAAUAAUAAUUUUUUCUUAUGAAAAGAUAGAGAAUCUUUUCCCGAUCAUAAUGACACUAAAAAUAUGAAAUUUGAAGG